CUAAAUUGACAUCUUAACUAAGCAAACAAAAAUAGUUGUUUGAAAACUAGACUUAUUUAGUUUACAAAAACAUGCACCAGAUAUCCUCACUUAAUCACUAGCUCUACACCCAAAAUAUAGACUAAAUAACUUCACAUAUAAUAUACAAAUUUACCAAACUCAAUUCGGCAUCUCAAUUGGCGAAAGAUCUUUUUAACCCAAAAGAAGACGUUGGGGCAUUAACUUUUCAAAAUGAACUUUGGCUUCAUAGUAGGAAAUUGGGAGUGAAACAUGAGGCUGAAAAAGGGCUAACAAAGAGAGCGAUCGUCCACGUGGUUGGCAGUCAAGAGGUCUUUAUAGAAGAGGAUGAAGAACUUGUUUCCCAUUGGUCCGAAAUCUAUCCAACACCCUCCUAUUAGAUUUCCCUUCCAGAUUCUCAUCUUCAUGAUUCCUACUUGGCUCCAUUUAAACCCACAAUUCAAUUCACAAUAUCUCCCACACAUCCUCUUCUUCAUCAUAUCAUAAAACACAGUCCGUUACAUACCUGAAAUCUUCCAUCUCAAAAACCAUGGCUGCAACUUCUGGUGCUGUGCUUAAUGGAUUGGGCUCACCCUUCCUCCGUGGAAGUAGCAGAACUCGGACCUUGCUGGCCGGAGCUAGAGGUGGUGUCAAUGUUGUCAGCUCUAGCAAGCUUGUCGUCAUCGCUGCUGCUCAGCCUAAGAAGUCUUGGAUCCCUGGUGUUAGGGGUGGUGGCAACUUGGUCGACCCAGAAUGGCUUGAUGGCUCACUUCCAGGUGACUACGGCUUCGACCCAUUGGGUUUGGGGAAGGACCCAGCAUUUUUGAAAUGGUAUAGAGAAGCAGAGCUGAUCCACGGGCGGUGGGCAAUGGCAGCAGUGGUCGGAAUCUUCGUCGGACAAGCCUGGAGUGGAAUCCCAUGGUUCGAAGCCGGAGCAGAUCCAGGCGCAAUUGCUCCAUUCUCCUUCGGAUCACUUCUAGGAACCCAGCUUCUGCUGAUGGGAUGGGUUGAAAGCAAACGAUGGGUGGAUUUCUUCAACCCAGAAUCUCAAUCGGUGGAAUGGGCAACGCCAUGGUCGAGGACGGCAGAGAAUUUCGCAAACGCUACCGGAGAACAAGGGUAUCCCGGAGGAAAAUUCUUCGAUCCAUUGGGAUUUGCAGGAACUCUUAAAGAUGGGGUUUACAUUCCAGACACGGAGAAAUUGGAGAGAUUGAAGUUGGCAGAAAUCAAGCAUGCUAGGAUCGCCAUGUUAGCAAUGCUCAUCUUCUACUUUGAAGCUGGACAGGGGAAGACACCAUUGGGUGCUCUUGGAUUGUAAAAACAAAAAAACAUUGUUGAUGUGAAGAUAAAAUUGUUCAUAAUUUCACUAAGAAAAAAAAAAGGGAUUGAACAUGUGUUGAUGAUUUUGAGAUAGAUUUUGAAAGGGGUUUUGUUGGAGCCCUAAAAUCAAAACUUCAAAAUUGAGUGUUUGCCA